ACUCUACAGUAUGUAGCCACGCCGGAAGAGUUUUGCAACCGCGUUGCGCGUGUGAUUUGCCAGCCUCAUAUUUUAAUUUGUGCGCGGGGAUCCGUCCCAACUACCAAUCCCACCUAUAAAUGGAUGAUCAUCAAAUGACAGAAAGCAGCCACGGUUGAAGCAAAGAUGGGUAAAACACUGUUACUUUCUCCUUACAAAAUGGGAAGAUCCCAACUCUCUCACAGGGUUGUGUUGGCACCAGUGGUCAGAGCAAGAACAUAUGACCAUGUCCCUCAGCAACAUGUGGCUUUGUAUUAUUCCCAAAGAACUUCAGAGGGGGGGUUUCUAAUAUCAGAAGCUACUGCAGUUUCUGAAACUGGUGUUGGUGGGUUCUUAAACUUUCCUGGCAUUUGGACAAGUGAGCAAGUGAGAGCUUGGAGAACUGUUGUGGAUGCUGUUCAUGAGAAGGGUGGAGUGUUCUUUUGUCAGAUUUGGCACGCUGGGAGGAGUCAUAAUACCAUAGGGCUGUUGCUGGCUGGGCAACAUGUGUCCAAGUCUGGCUUGCAAAGUAAAACCUAUUCCCAAACUUGGACUGUGGUGAGCCAAUACAAACAGGUCCGAGUGCAAAUGAUGAUCAUUGUGCAUUGCCAGACUGAGACCAUCUUGAGCCUGACCACCCAGUUGUUGCAAGAUCUAGGCUGUUCAUUAGGUGCACCUUAUGGGAAAACUCCAAUUAGCCCUACCAACAAGCCAUUGACACCGGAAUUAUAUCCUGGCCGAACAUACAACCCCCCUCGGCGGUUAGCGACAGAAGAAAUUCCUAUGGUAGUUGAAGAAUACCGACUUGCUGCAAGGAAUGCCGUAGAAGCAGGCUUUGAUGGAGUUGAAAUUCGUGCCGUUAGUGGUUGUCUCAUCGACGAGUUCCUAAAAGAUAGUGUCAACGAUCGGACCGACAAAUACGGUGGAACACUAGAGAACCGUUGCCAAUUGGCAUUAGAGAUUGUGGAGGCAAUCGCUAGCGAGAUUGGGCCGGAUAGAACUGGCAUCAGGCUUUCCCCAUUCUUGUUGUUCCAUGAAUGCAGCGACUCGGACCCUGAAGCUCUUGGGGUCUACAUGGCCCAAGCACUGAGUAAAUACCACCUUGCAUAUGCUCAUUUUAUUGAGCCAAGGAUAGAUGUCUUUGGAAAGAUUUCCGAGACCCCAUAUAGUUUGGGGCCCAUGAGGAAGGCCUUCAAGGGUACUUUUAUUGUUUGUGGGGGUUACACUAGAGAAGAAGGUGACAAGGUCAUAGCUAAUGGAGCUGCAGACUUAGUAGCAUAUGGGCGCUAUUUCGUAUCAAACCCAGACCUGCCCAAGAGGUUUGAGGUGAAUGCACCUUUGAAUGAGUAUGAUGAAGCAACUUUCUAUAGUCAAGAUCCUGUUGUGGGUUACACUGACCACCCUUUCAUGGAACCUCAUUUGUAGUUUUAUUGUUGAAAGGAGCUUUAUUAGGUGCAUGAAUGGAAUACUAGUAAUAAUGUAGAUGUUGGAUUGCAUGCGAAGAUCCAUAUAUAUGAUAAAGGUAAGGUACCAAACAGGGCCUUCUUCAGUUUACAGCCA